AUGAACAAUCUUGCUUGUGUGUACUCCAAAUAUUUCGAGUAUGAAAAGACUAGAGAGUUACUCACAGAAUCAUCGAGAGGCCUGUUCCAAACGCUCGGCCCGACCCAUCCCGACACUCUCAUAGCCCAGGAGAACUUGGCAAUGGUAUACAAUGACCUUGGUGGCAGUCUCAGAGAUGAUGGGCACAGUAUCAUGCUUGACGUGUUGGCAAAGCGGAAAGAAAAGCUGGGGAAAGAGCAUCCAUUCACGCUCUUAGCAAUGUGCCAUCUGGCUCGAACUAAAGCAGAUCGUGGUGAUUUCGAAGAAGCGGAGGCGCUCCUGUACGAUGGUCUAGCUGUAGCGAAACAAAAUCUUGGUGAAACGCAUAUUGGAACUUUAUAUGGCAAAACUCAUCUCGGACGAGUGCUGCUCAUGCAAAGACGGUAUGGGGAAGCAGAGGAUAUUCUGGUGGAUACGAUUAAGAAGUACGAGCUUAGUUCUGCCGCCAGGAACGGGGAGCACCCUGAUCGCUUGAUCGCCAUGAGGGCUCUUGAUCGAUUGUUAUCAAGAGCAAAACAAGAUCCCCGAGGCGAUCGCUGUUUCUGA